AUGAAUAAUUUCAAAAACCGUUUAAUAAUUGAUAAGAUUCCUUUAAUGAGUUUAAAUGCUGGUCCUAAUAAUAAGGAAUGGAAUAAUAGACUCAAAGAAGAGUUAUCAUCUAUUAUAAAGUAUAUUACAUUACUUAAAGAGACAGGUCAAGAUUGGUUUUAUAUUAAAUCAAAUCCUCAAGGAACAGAAUGGACGGGUAAAUGUUGGUAUAUAUAUAAUAUGGAUAAAUAUGAAUUUGAUUUUCAGUUUAAGAUACCCGAUAAAUAUCCAUUAACUCCAAUAGAAAUUGAAUUGCCACAAUUAGAUGGUAAGACAGAAAAGAUGUAUCGUGGAGGAAAGAUAUGUUUAGAUAUUCACUUUAUUCCAUUAUGGGCAAAGAACUGCCCCAAAUUUGGAAUUGCCCAUGUACUUGCUAUGGGUUUAGCUCCUUGGUUAGCAGCCGAGAUACCGUAUUUAAUAGAUUCAAAUAUUAUAGGGAGAGAGUAA